AUGGAUACCUUUGGGGAAGGACUCAAGGAGUCUGAGCAGGUCUCGGGCCAUGAGGAGAUUAACGCCGUGACGCCUUCCCGCGAGAAUAGCUACCACCCCUAUGCCUGCGCGGCUCCCUUCCGUGGACUACCACGCAAGGGCGAGUAUCUUGCCGAAUGGUGGAAUGUUGCCGUCCCACCCGCUACUCUGUACUGUUUGAGGCAUCGGAUGGCGUUUGCGGCUGAGGUCAAGGCCCUGCGAUCGAUAUCACUCGAUCAGGCAAGCGGCCCUGGCCAUCAGUUCAUGCCUACCUCGUCCCUCGCAGAGCAUCCUACUACUGUCAGGGACGCUGCGCUGUCAGCAUGGCAGACAACAGCAUAG